AUGGCAGGAUUGGAAAGUUACGACAGAGUAUAUCGUGGGAAGCCUGAUAGGUCUUGGGAAAGUGAAAAAAAUUUUCCAUAUAUUUACCGUGGGCAGGAGGUUAUUCGUCCGUUGGAUGUUCCUGUUGUGCAUCCGCUAGUCGAAGAUAGUCCUCCCUCUGAAGAUGUCACUGUAAAGAAGUACAUUGGUGCUUGUUGUGGAUUAGCAACUUUAAUUACAGAAACCUUAUUAGUUCAUCCUCUUAUUGUUUUAAGAAGACAAUGUCAAGUAAAUCCUGGAUUGAAUAAAUAUCACAUAAUUCCAAUUACUUUGGUACCUGUAGUCGUACGUCUUCAUCAAACUCAAGGAAUAAAUACGCUAUGGAAAGGAAUCGGAUCGGUUCUGCUUGUCAAAGGGAUGUUGUUAGCUAUUGAAGAUUUCAUUUCCAAAAUAACGCCGUGGCCAAAGUUUGGUAACGCCAUUCUACUCUGCGUCGUUAGUAGAAACGGUACAAUCUGAAAUUGCAUCUGAAAGUCCUGGAAUAUUGGAUGUUUUCCGAGAUGGUGCAAUCCGUUUAGUCGAAGUGAGCAACAAAGGCAGAUUAAUUCCCAUUUAUUCUCUUCUGCCACCCACAAUUGCUUACGGAGUAUCUAAAUAUCUUUUCACUCUAGCUAUUCAAGGGGUUACUAGUCGCAUUAUGCAUAUUAGGCAGAAACAGUCUCAGGAGAUAAGAGUAAGUUUCAAAACAUUGAUGAUAGUUAAUCAAAAUAUCAAUAUAUCAAUGAAAAUAUUUAGUUGGAAUAUAAUACUUAA